AUGGGCGUACCUUUUGACUAUGCGCCUGAAAGGCCCGAGCAUAUCGAUGCCAUUCUCAACGGUCUCAACAGAUACAACCCCGAGACCACAAACAUCUUCCAGGAAUACGUUACCGCCCAGUGUGACGAGCGGACAUAUGAUUGCUACGCCAAUCUGGCACUGUUGAAGCUAUAUCAAUUCAACCCACAUCUUACCAAAGACGAAACGAUCACCAACAUCCUCGUCAAGUCCCUGACCGUCUUCCCAUCUCCCGACUUCUCGCUCGCGCUCCACCUCCUCCCACCACACAUUCUCACUCCUGCCUCGGCCUCGUCAGCUCUCCCAGCUGCCGGUGAUGCCCCCCUUUCCGAAGCCGUGCAGAAGCUCAACGUUUUGAACAACCUGCUUGCACAAGCUUCUUAUGCCGCUUUCUGGAGCACUCUCGAUAGUGACGACCUCUAUGCCGAUUUGAUCGCGGAUGUGGCCGGUUUCGAAGAACUCAUCCGCAUUCGAAUUGCACUCACAAUCUCGCAGUCUGUAAGGGAAAUUGAGCGCUCAGUGCUGGAAUCAUGGCUCGGAAUGCAAGGCGAGGCGUUCAACAAAUUUGUGAAUGGUGUCUGUGGAUGGGGGAUUGAAGGAACUGUCGUCAAGGUGCCAAUGAACAAAGAGAAUGAGGCGAAAGGUACCAUUGUUAGGGAGAACGUCAAGAUGGAGCAGUUCUCGAGAGUUAUUAGGAGGGCUUAUGAACAACCUGCAUGA